AUGCUAGCGGGAUAUGCUAUGAAGGCAGCAGAUGACUAUGUUACAUGUGAAAACCCAGAGGACACUCAAUUUACCAGUGAUAUGGAAAAGUGGCACACCAAAAUCCUAAAGGAACUCUCCAAGAACUUACAUGAUGCACAUGGAACUGCACAGCACAAGGAAUGGAUGGUAGCAGAUGCUCUGAAAAAGAAAUUCUAUACUUGGCUGCCGGUGCUGGAGCCGGCUUGGCUUGCGAGCUCCGCUGAGGAGCGGGAGGUUGGGCCGCAGUUAACAGCCGCGUCGGCUCCCGGUGCCUGGCCCUUCGGCAGCACGGAGUGCGGGACGAAGUGGAAGCGGCCCAUGGAGUUCGAGGCGGCGCUGCUGAGCCCCGGCUCCCCGAAUCGGCGGCGCCGCGCCCCUCUGCCGGGCCUCAGGCCCCCGGACGCCGAGCUGCCGCCGCUGCUGCAGGCGCGGACCCCACCGCCGACUCUGCAGCAGCCCGCCCCGCCCGGCAGCGAGCGGCGCCUUCCAACCGCGGGGCAAAUUUUUCAGAACAUAAAACAAGAAUAUAGUCGUUAUCAGAGGUGGAGACGUUUAGAAGUUGUUCUUAAUCAGAGUGACGCUUUUACUUCGGAAAGUCAGCCUCACUCAGCGCUCACAGAACCUAGUUCUCCAGGUUCCUCUUGGAUGAAGAAGGACCAGCCCACCUUUACCCUCCUCCGACAAGUUGGAAUAAUAUGUGAGCGUCUCUUAAAAGACUAUGAAGAUAAAAUUCGGGAGGAGUAUCAACAAAUCCUCAACACCAAACCAGCAGAACAAUAUGAAUCGUUUGUGAAAUUCACACAUGAUCAGAUUAUGCGACGAUAUGGGACAAGGCCAACAAGCCACGUGUCCUGAAUCUUUCUUGCAUAUCUGGGUACCAGGUUUGACCUCAAGAGAUGGCUGCUGUACACUUUUUGCAAGUAGUUUGAUAUCACA